UAUCAAACGUGUGUAUGUGAGAGAGAGUAGAGAGAAUGGGCAAAGGAAGAGCGCCAUGUUGUGACAAAACCAAAGUGAAGAGAGGACAAUGGAGCUACGACGAAGACCUGAAACUCAUCUCUUUCAUUAACAAGUAUGGUCAUGAAAAUUGGAGAUCUCUCCCAGAACAAGCUGGAUUGUUGAGGUGUGGCAAGAGUUGUCGUCUUCGAUGGAUUAACUACCUCAGGCCUGAUGUGAAACGUGGCAAUUUUAGCGUAGAGGAAGAAGAAACCAUCAUUAAACUUCACCAGAGCAUUGGAAGCAAGUGGUCGAAGAUUGCUUCUAAACUGCCAGGACGAACAGACAACGAGAUAAAGAAUGUGUGGCAUACCCAUCUCAAGAAAAGAUUGAGCUCGAACACCAACCUUAAUGCCGAUCGUGAUGAAGCGGCAACAAAAGGUUCUUUGAAUAGAGAAGAGACAUCUCAAGAGUCAUCCCCUAAUGCGUCUAUGUCUUCUGGGGGCUCCAAGAUUUCUAGCAAAGAAGACGGUGUACAGAUAGGUCAAACGUUUCAGUAUUUAGAAGGCCAUAGCGAAGUUACGAAGACGUUACAAGAGGUAGACAAACCAGAGCUGCUGGAGAUAUCUUUUGGUGUAGAUCCUGAAAUAUGGAGUUUCAUUAAUGGUUUAGAUUCAUUCCAACAACCUGAGAACAGUUUGGCUCCAAGGGCUCAUCAAGACUCCCAAGAAGAUGAAGUUGAGAAAUGGUUCAAGCACCUGGAAACCGAACUCGGGUUAGAAGAAAACGAUAGCCAACAACAACGGAGCAUAGUGAUGCUAACAAAGAAUCAUAGUCAUCAUCACCUUGGAGAGUUACGAGCUCUUGAUAAACCAUUGACGAAGCCAUAAACAAACUCAAAUUAUACUGAUUAUACUCAGUGAAAGCUAAAUUCUUGGAACUUUUAGUAAAAUAACAAGAUCAGGUAAGCGCAUGUGCCAUGUAGUAUCAAUAGAGAAGAAACGUAGAUAUUACACACAGAGCGUUAAAAUUUUCUUUGCAAAAGAUUGCUUUAUGUUGAAACCAAGUAAGCCUAUCAGCUAGCAACCAUCCAUAAAUAUAAGGUGAGAAAGAUUAAUUGCUGAACAAAACUUAUGAACCUUUAAAUUCACUUUUCCUUCUAGGAUCAAUCAAAAUGCCAUGUAAACAAUUAAUUAACGAAUAUUAAAUUUAUUUAAAAAUAACUAUAAAAAAAAGAAUAAUGCUAAUUUUAACAACGCUGAUGCCGCCAGCUAAACCGUAAACCCGAAAUCUUAAAUUUUCAACCCUAAACCGUAAAUCUUAAACCCAAACCCUAUACCCUAAACCUAAACCUUAUAUCCUAAACCCAAAUCCUAGACCCUUAACCCAAACUGUAUACUUUUUUUUUUUGAAACACAUAUUUAAUUGAAAUGAGAAGGUUAGUUGGAAGCAUUAACAGCAUCCACAACAACCACAUGUUCAGAUACACUUAAGGCGUUCUUAGCUAGCCCAUCGGCUAAACUAUUCUUUGCUCUAGGAAUCCAUACAAAGGAGACAUAAUCGAAGAUGUCAGAGAAGGAGAGAACAUCUGCUACAAUGCUAUGCAGCUCCGGGUCCGGGGAUUUGAGUUGAGACUCUUAAUCAGCGGAGCCGAAUCAGAUUCAAAACACAAUGCCUUCAACUCAAGCCUUCGGCAGGUAGCCACCGCCUCUCUAAGCGCCAAGCCUUCCGCCAUGAGGGGGGAGGAGACGAACUCCAUCACCUUUUGAAAAGAUUGCGUUUGUGGUUGUGCAAGCAGGGCCCAACCCAUGCCUGCCGUCUUUGAGUCAGAGUUCCAAGCCGCAUCUGAUUUCACCACCGUAGCUCCAUGGGUAGGUGGAAGUUCGUGAAACUUUCUUCCAUUGCUUAGUUGCUUUUCUGGUUUACUAUUGGCACUCCACUCCCGAGCUAGCACGAUUGCAGAGGAAAGAGUAUCUUCCGGCGAGGCCAGUAAGCCUUCGAACACAUAUCUAUUACGGGCUUUCCAGAGAGCCCACGCGAUCCAGGGGAAGAGUCCUCCCGAAACAAUCCCAGAAGGUGGUAAGCAUUUUUUAUUGCAGACUGAGGGCCAGACCAAGUGUAAAUCUAGCAUUCCUUUAACAUCCAUCUCAGUAAUAAAGGGGGCGAGAAGCCAGACCUUUUGAGCAAACUGACACUAUAAUCGGAGAUGAGUGAUAGAUUAUAUGCCUCCACAGCGUUUACAAGUCGGAUCAACGUUUAUAUGUCGCUGGACCAGUCUUUCCCCAACCGGUAAGGCCCGUUCAGCAGUUUCCACGAAGAAAGCUUCACUUUUGGAGCAAUGUCCAAGUUCCAAACGUUUCUUCUCCAGUUGAAAUACAACGGUAAGGUCUCUUCACCAUUGUCUUCUUGCACAACUAUAUAGUAUCCAGAUUUAGCUGAGUACUCUCCAGAUUUCGAGCCUAACCAACAAAUCUUGUCCGACGCUCCCGAGAGGCUUGGUUUCAAACAGAGGACCUGUUCUUCAUAGUCAGGGAUCAGUAGUUGGAUUUUGCUUCUGUCCCACCGCCUUUCUCCUGGUACCAUGAGAUCGGACACAAGCAAGGCAGAAGCUGAUUCCGGAGAGGGUCCCAUAGGUCUUUCUUGCGCGUCAAGGCUGAGCCAGGGAUCUUGCCAGAGGUUGAUAGAAAACCCAUCUCCAACCGCCCAUCCAAUAUUUUCCAACAAGAGAUCACACCCCACCAAAAUGCCUCUCCAGCCGUGAGAGAUAACAGUAGUUUCUAAAGCAAGAAGAAAGUUGUUGUCUGCGAAAUACUUCCCCUUCAACAUCUUUCCUAGUAAGGAAUCAGGGUUACACAGCAGUCUCCACACAAUUUUUGCUAAUAGAGAGUCAUUUAACUUCAUGAAAUCCCGCAUACCAAGCCCACCAACUGCCUUCGGGGUUGCUAUUUUAUCCCAUGCAACCCAAGCCAUCUUGCGAGUACUUUCGUUGUUGUCCCACCAAAACCGCGUGACCACCGACUGGAUACGCUGGCACAAAGAAUUUGGGAGUUUGAAGCAUGUCUUAGAAUAGGAAGAGAUAGGAGAGAGCACGCUCUGGAGCAUAACCAACUUGCCGGCAGUUGAGAGGAAUUUUGUUGACCAACUCUUUACCUUUUGCUUGAUCCAAUCAAUUAUAGAGGCAAAAAGGUCUCUCUUCCUCCUUCCAAAAUGUUUCACCCAAAACAUCAAAAUUGAAAAUUUUAGUUUCGAGUCGAUUAUAGUUAUCCGUAUUAUAGCAGAAUCAAAACAUAAGCUCAAUCUGACAAAAAAAAAUCUUAAGUUUGGGACAACAAAGUGAUUACACAUAAACUAAUGAAACUCAACACAUUAAAAAAAAACACGAGAAGAUUCAAGGAUGAGACUGAUAAACACAUGCAACAGCCUCCUUAUCAAGUCACCCCCAAUAUUUUUGUUCUCUCGGCAACUAGAAACAUUCUCAAGACACUAAGUAAACAAAUGAGGCUAAUUAAUUAUUCCCAGACACACCAAAACAGCCUUUGAAUCACUUACAAAGAGUUCCAUCACUCUCACAUGUGUAAACGAUAAGAUAGUAUGGUAAAUUACAGCUUUCGACAAAAAAAAUAUACUUCGGCAAAAAGAAGAAGAAAAAAAGAAUGUAGCUUUCACGCAAACACAACUAUAUAUAAUUUGUCUUUCAUAAAAAAAAUGUUAUUAAGAACGUUUUUGCAAAGAAAACACACAUAUCUAUUUUAUCAGAGCAGCUGACGAUUAGAUUUAGAUUUAGUGAGGCUGAAAGAAUGACAGCACAAUUAUUUAUAUACCCGUACAAACCUAGUCUAAGUCGCCGACCUUUAUUUAGGCCUUAUCACGACAAAGAAAAAAACAACUAAAACCGGUUCAAUAUAAUUCCGAUAUUUGGUACGACUUUCCGGUUAUUUUGUUUUGCUUCAAAUCAUUCUGGGAACCGCCGACGAAACAAAAGUGGAUAUCGCAAUGUUUGAAAAAGGUGGAAGAAACGUUACCAGACUGAGUGGAAGUUUCUCGCUCGAAUUAACUUGUUUCCACCAAGAUGGUUUCUCUCAGAUCACUAGAGAAGCCACGGAGGAGAAAGGUGUGGAUGCGCUUUGUGUCAACGGAUUGGUUCGUCUUUGUGUUCGACACACAAACACUUUGACAAACUUGCACACAGAGUUUGGCCGAAUCAACCACGCACUCUACCUGUGAGAAACGAAGCUUCUUCGAUUACCGGGAAGGGAUAUAUCUUUUUGCGGAUGAUGUGUGAUCUUGGUAUAAGGGCCAAGUGGCUUUGUGAUUGCUCAGUUUUAGUAACAGGUUGUGGUCCGUCUGGUUUUAUGUUCAAGACAAGGGAUUCAACUUCACGGCUUGUGGCUGGUUUGCUGUCUGAGUAGUGCUAUUUUGCAUCUCUACGGAGUUUAUGGUUUGGUUUCGUGUUCACUGAAAGUCUUUGAGAAGAUGGAUCGAGAAGCAACUAAACCCUUGAAAGACUGGACAGCCUUUCUGCAAACAGUUUAGCUGAGCUUGAUGUCAGGAGCGCCGAGGGGUUGCCCCUUCGCAGUUAACUGGGGUUGAUCUCCAACAAUCCUCUAUAGCCUUGUUCUUCUUACGAACGCUGGCCAUCAGCGUCAGUAACUGAAAAGUACAUCUUCACCAUCUUCACUGAAAAGUUUGACAUCAAUGAUUGGUUCCCUCAAGACAUCCUCUCUGAAAUAUUUGCAAAGGCACUCUCUGAGGACAUUCCUCCAGGCGUCAAUGCAUAUCAGCAUGAUGGUGCUGGUGUUAGUUUGAAUGUAGAGAACCAUGAUCCUAAAAACUGGUCUUAUUUUCGGAAACUGGCCGAGGAAGAGUUCAGUGUAAGAGAUGUUCCCCCAGGCUUUCCAUCUGACAUGGAAGAUAGCGGAGUGGAUACCAAGCGGCAUCACGACCAGAGAUGGUAUUACAGCAGAGAAUAGUGUGGAUCCUCAGCUGAAUGAAGGUCAAGAUUGUGAUUAUGUUGCUGGCACUGACGAGGAUGCACAGAUGAAGGUCACAGAGAGUGAGGAGUUUGGUGCUAUGGUUGAGAAUCUAAGGACUCUGGAUUUUGAACAUGAGGUAUAUAGCAGAUUUGAUUACAAGAUUCCAUAACGAGCAUGUACUAAUGAGGAUGAAUACUUGUAGGAUGAUGAAAAUACAGAAACAAGGAAUGCUCAGCUUCCUCCACUUGGUUCGCCUUUGGCAGAUUAUGAUGCAAGUGGGUUGCAGGUAUGAUGGAUUUUAAAAUCUUAUACCUGGUAGAACCUUUAUUUGAUUGCAUUUGACUUGAGAACAGGUUAUGUGCCAGUGUUUUUUUUUUUUUAAAUUUCGGACAUGUUAGAAGAAUCAUACAUCAAAUUAAUGAUCUAGUUCUAACCUUGGUCUGAUUCUUUUGUUCUUAAUUGUUUCUAGAUCAUUUAUGAAUGAUGUUCUCGAGGAGCUAAAGGCACUUGGUUCUGGCACGUUCGGUACACUGUAUCAUGGCAAAUGGAGAGGAUCAGAUGUUGCCAUUAAGAGGAUAAAGAAGAGUUGAUUUGCUGGUCGAUCUUCGGAACAAGAGAGAUUAGUGAGUGUUUCUGCAUUUCUCCAUUGCAUAUUUUUCCGUGAGCAUACUGCAUAUGUUAUACUUCGUGGGAUGUGUUUAUCAAUAUAUUUUUCUUUUUUUUCUUCCUAUUUCAUAGACUGAAAUUCUGUCAAAGCUUCAUCAUCCAAAUGUGGUUCCAUUUUAUGGUGUUGUAAAAGAUGGACCUGGUGGAACAUUAGUUACUGUAACAGAGUUCAUGGUUGAUGGCUCUCUGAGACAUGUUUUAAUCUGGAAAGAUAGGUACAAAUCUCUCUUAUAACGUUUUUCUGGUGGCCGGUUAAGAGAUUAUUUGCUUUUCCUUGUGUUAUGUUUUCAGACACCUGAAAUAUUUGCACGCCAAAAACAUUGUUCACUUCGAUUUUGAAAUGUGAUAACUUACUUGUAAACCUUAAAGAUCCCUCUCGCCCGGUCUGCAAGGUUGGUGAUUUCGGUUUGUCGAAAACUAAAAGAAAUACAUUAGUAUCUGGUGGUGUACGUGGAACCCUUCCAUCGAUGGCACCAGAGCUUCUAAAUGGUAGCAGCAGCAAAGUUUCAGAGAAGGUGGAUGUCUUCUCUUUUGGUAUAGCCUUGUGGGAGAUUCUGACUGGAGAGAGACAGGGAGAGAGGAACCAUAUGCUAAUAUGCACUAUGGUGCAAUAAUAGGUGGGAUAGUGAAGCUAUACCAAGUUACUGUGAGUCUGACUGGAGAAUACUAAUGUGGAAGAGUGUUAGGCGCCUAAUCCAACGACACGGCCAUCCUUCACUGAGAUAGCUGGUCGGUUACAUGUGAUGACAACUGCUGCAACUUCGAACCAGUCCAAACCGCCAUAUCACAAAUAAAGCUUCAAAGUAAAACAUAGUCUUUUAAUCUUUACUCUUUUUCAAUGUUUUGGGUCAGGAGGGAGAUAUUUGUUGACCAUUUUCUUCUUUCCCUUUUUCUUUUACCAAAACCAUAAACAUGUUUAAGUAAUAAAAUUGGUUUGAGGCGUUUAGUCAAAAUUGUUUUA